AUGCUAUCCUCCCUCUCCUCUAGCAUCACAAAUGCUCGGCAAUCAAUUGCUCAAGUGCUGAACUUUGCGCUGGUUCUUUCCACGGCCUUUAUGCUGUGGAAAGGCCUUUCGGUCGUGUCCGCAUCAAGUUCUCCAAUAGUUGUGGUUCUAUCUGGAUCAAUGGAACCCGCAUUUCAACGGGGCGACCUGCUCUUUCUUUGGAAUCGAGACACAAGGGCGGAGAUCGGAGAAGUUCUCGUUUACAAUGUUCGAGGAAAGUCUAUUCCGAUUGUCCACAGGGUUGUUCGCACCUUCCCUGAGGUAGAAGGACGUGCGAGCGCCAAGAAGGUGAAGGAAAUUGCAGUUGACACAACACCCAACACGCAUAUGCUCCUCACCAAGGGUGACAACAAUUUGGCAGACGACACUGAGCUAUACGCUCAAGGCCAGGAUUAUCUUGACCGCGCGGAGGAUAUUGUUGGCAGUGUCCGUGGCUAUAUUCCCAUGGUUGGAUACGUUACUAUCAUGCUCAGCGAGCACCCCUGGCUCAAAACAGUAAUGCUUGGACUGAUGGGACUGAUGGUGAUGAUUCAGAGAGAGUAG